UGUUCAGCUGAGCCAGCUGUGGGUGCCUGCUCCUGGUGGGGCGGGGAUGGGGGCGGGGGAGCGUUUCUGGGGAAAUGCGACCCCAGGUGCUCGGAAACCCCUCCUGGCCUGUCCCGCCCGUGACCCUGCGCCCGCGCCGCUCAGCCCCUCUGCAGACUUUUUGGUCCAAAGUCAGCCACGUGCUUCUGCCCAGCUGUUCCCAUCCCUGAAAGACCCAGGGGCUGCCAUGGCCUCACCCACUUCCACCAAUCCAGCACAUGCCCACUUUGAGAGCUUCCUGCAGGCCCAGUUGUGUCAGAAUGUGCUAAGCAGCUUCCAGGGGCUAUGCCAGGCUCUAGGGCUCGAGUCUGGUGGAGGGCUGUCUCAGUACCACAAGAUCAAGGCCCAGCUCAACUACUGGAGCGCCAAGGCGCUGUGGGCCAAGCUGGAUAAGCGAGCAGGCCAGCCUGUCUACCAGCAGGGUCAGGCCUGCGCCAACACGAAGUGCCUGGUGGUGGGCGCUGGACCUUGUGGUCUUCGGGCUGCUGUGGAGCUGGCACUGCUGGGGGCCCGUGUGGUACUGGUGGAAAAGCGCACCAAGUUCUCUCGCCAUAAUGUGCUCCACCUCUGGCCCUUCACCAUCCAUGACCUUCGGGCACUUGGUGCCAAGAAGUUCUGCGGGCGUUUUUGCACAGGCACCCUGGACCACAUCAGCAUCCGACAGCUUCAGCUGCUUUUGUUGAAAGUGGCAUUACUGCUAGGGGUGGAAAUUCACUGGGGUGUCACUUUCACUGGCCUCCAGCCCCCUCCCAAAAAGGGGAGUGGCUGGCAUGCCCAGUUCCAGCCCAGUCCCCCUGCCCAGCUGGCCAACUAUGAAUUUGAUGUCCUCAUCUCUGCUGCUGGAGGUAAAUUCAUCCCUGAAGGCUUCACAGUGCGGGAAAUGCGAGGCAAACUGGCUAUUGGCAUCACGGCCAACUUUGUGAACAAUCGCACCGUGGAAGAGACGCAGGUGCCCGAGAUCAGCGGUGUGGCCAGGAUCUACAACCAGAGCUUCUUCCAGAGCUUGCUCAAAGCCACAGGCAUUGAUCUGGAAAACAUUGUGUACUACAAGGACGACACUCACUACUUUGUGAUGACAGCCAAGAAGCAGUGCCUGCUGCGUCUGGGGGUGCUGCGUCAGGACUGGCCAGACACAGACCGGCUGCUGGGCAGUGCCAAUGUGGUGCCCGAGGCUCUGCAGCGCUUUGCCCAGGAAGCUGCUGACUUCGCUACCCAUAGCAAGCUCGGGAAGCUGGAGUUUGCUAAAGACGCCCACGGGCGGCCUGACGUCUCUGCUUUUGACUUCACAAGCAUGAUGCGGGCAGAUAGCUCUGCUCGUGUGCAAGAGAAGCAUGGCGCCCGCCUGCUGCUGGGGCUUGUGGGAGACUGCCUGGUGGAGCCCUUCUGGCCCCUGGGCACUGGAGUGGCCCGGGGCUUCUUGGCAGCCUUUGAUGCCGCCUGGAUGGUGAAGCGGUGGGCAGAAGGUGCUGAGCCCCUAGAAGUGCUGGCAGAGCGGGAGAGCCUGUACCAGCUCCUGUCACAGACAUCCCCAGAAAACAUGCACCGCAAUGUGGCCCAGUACGGGCUGGACCCAGCCACCCGCUACCCCAACCUGAACCUCCGGGCUGUGUCCCCUAAUCAGGUACGAGACCUGUAUGACGUGAUGGCCAAGGAGCCCGUGCGGAAGAGUGACAAGACUGACUCAGGAAAGCCUCACACUGGGUCAGUGGGCACACAGGAGGAACUGCUACGCUGGUGCCAGGAGCAGACUGCUGGGUACCCUGGUGUCCAUGUCACCAACCUUUCUUCCUCUUGGACCAACGGGCUGGCUCUGUGUGCCCUGGUGAACCGGCUGCAGCCUGGACUACUGGAACCCUCGGAGCUGCAGGGGAUGGGGGCUCUGGAAGCAACCAGCUGGGCACUGAAGAUAGCAGAGCAUGAGCUUGGCAUCACCCCCGUUUUGUCUGCACAGGCAGUGGUGGCAGGAAGUGACCCACUGGGCCUCAUUGCCUACCUCAGCCACUUUCACGGUGCCUUUAAGAACAUGCCCCACAACCCAGGCCCUGCCAGCCAAGGCUCUCCAGCGACCCCCAGUGCUGUACUAUUCCUUGGCAAACUGCAGAGGACCCUGCAAAGGACCCGGGCCCAGGAAAACGGGGAGGAUGCAGGUGGCAAGAAGCUACGCCUGGAGGUAGAGCCUGAGACCCCACAUAAGGAGGAGCCACUAGUCCCAGAGUCUGAUGUUCCCCUGACCCCCCCCUCACACCACCAGGAGGCUGGUAGUGAGGACCUGUGUGCACUUUGUGGGCAACACCUCUACAUCCUGGAACGCGUGUGUGCUGAUGGCCAUUUCUACCACCGGAGCUGCUUCUGCUGCCGUAUCUGUGAGGCCACAUUGUGGCCAGGUGGCUACGGACGGCAUCCAGAAGAUGGACAUUUCUACUGCCUCCAGCACCUGCCCCAGCCAGACCACAAAGAGGAUGGCAAGGACAAAGGCCCUGAGACUCAGGACCUCCUCACACCAGGUGAGAUGAACAUGCCGUCCAGCCCCUCGACUCCCACAGCCCCCCUGAAGGGGGCUAGUCCCACCCCAGUCCCCAAGCCUCCCCGUCAGCUGAUCCGCCUGUCCAGCCAAGAAUAUCAGCGGUUGUCCUCCCUUAACCUGACCCCUGACUCGGAAAUGGAGCCUCCACCCAAGCCCCCCCGCAGCUGCUCUGCCUUGGCCCGCCAGGCACUGGAGGCCAGCUUUGUGGGAUGGGGAGUGCCAACCCAGAGCUCUCCAGUUCUUAUGGCCAUGGAGAAAGAAGAAGAGGGAGGAAGUCCCUCCUCCAGUGAAGAGGAAGAGGAAGAGGAAGAUGUGGCUUUGGACUCAGACAUGGAACAGGCUCUGCUGACCUUGGCCAAGAAAUCAGGCACCAUGGACAAGUAUCCAACAUGGAGGCGGACACUGCUGCGCCGCGCCAAGGAGGAGGAGAUGAAGAGAUUCUGCAAGGCCCAGGCCAUUCAGCGGCGACUAAACGAGAUUGAGGCUGCUCUGAGGGAGCUGGAGGCUGAGGGAAUGAAGCUGGAGCUGGCCUUGAGGAACCAGAGCAGUUCUCUGGAACAGCAAAAGACACUAUGGCUGGAACAGCUGCUACACCUUGUUCAGAAGAAAAACAGCUUAGUGGCUGAGGAGGCUGAGCUCAUGAUCAUGGUGCAGGAACUGAGCCUGGAGGAGAAACAGCUGCAGCUGGACCAGGAGCUACGCAGCUACAUGAACCGAAACGAAGUCCAAAAGACCGUUGCUGACCAGCAGGCUGAGGACCGGAUCCUGAGGGAGCUGGUGAAUGUGGUGAACCAGCGAGACGCCCUCAUCCGCUUCCGAGAGGAACGCAGGCUCAGUGAGCUGGCAUCAGGGCCAGGGGCCUAGGGCUAGAAGAUGGUAAGCUGCCUGCCUUCUUCCCCGCAAGACCACCUCACCCAGGACAGUGCUACCCUGCUCAUCUGGGCUGCCUGGGAGAGGGCCUCAGUGUUUGUAAUAAAAAUGUUUCUGCCACAUGCCA